AUUUGUCACAAUUGUUAUGUUGAUGUAAUGCGUGACAUUUUAUCGUCACUUGAACCGGAAUAGAGUGGAAUUGCUUUUCCGGUGUCGUGCGUCAUCACGCAGCGUCGCGUGACGUCAUAUGUUCCAACGCCAUCGCCGCUUCCUGGCCGGUCCAGGCAGGCGCCUCAGGCCCGCUCCACACCGGACCCUUUUCUGUCCUCUCCUGCUCCAGAAGCACUCGGCUGCCUGCUGCUGAGGACCUCCGGCUGGCUGUCAUGUACGACUGAACGGUGGGGAAGAAUGAAAACCUCUUCCCAGCGCUGAUUGGUUGGGAGUAGUUUGUGGAGGAAAUGUUGAUGCCCGAGUGAGGCAGAGCUGGUGGCUGAGGUGAUGGUGUUGGACUCGAGUGAAGUCCUCAUGGAUCAUGUCGAGGGUGAGUAUCCCGAAGGCGGCGGGCUCCAGUCGGACAAGUCCAAAGUCGUCAAAGCGAGCAGUAGCAAUACAACGACGCUGAGACCUCGGGCCGUAAGGCGCCGUGUUUCCAAGCAGGCCAAGGCACCCCCAAAUGGGUUCCUGGCUCAGAAUGACACUAACCAGGUGGAAGACAGCAAGUUAGUGUCAAAAGCGGGCGAUACGCCCAGGCCAGCUCUCCGUCGCCCCCUCAGCCUAGACAUUACACCACAGCGCCUGCGAAGGUCUCAGGAGCAGAUGGCAGAAAGGCAGCUCACGCAACCACCUUGGCGCAGCGGGUCGGCCGCCCCGUCACCUCCUGCUCGCAGCCGGACUAGCCUCAGCCUAGGUGCCGGUGGUUGGAUGCGCCGCAGUGAGAGCACGUGCUCAGUCAACCAAUCCCUGGGGCUGCGUGCUAAAAAGGGGAAAAUGCGACCCGCCACCUCCCUACCACACAUCGCUAAAGGUGUGGGAAGCAUCCCACCGUCCACCUCCCCCAGGCCGUGUCUGCUUGUUGCUCUCAGGCCUCUAAACCUUGAGCAGGAGAAGAAAAAGUUUUUCCAGUCUGACUACAAGUAUGAGCCCCAAUUUGAAUAUGCCCAGCCGGAGCAGAACUCCGUGCUAGACAAGUACAGCGAGGGCUCUGGCCUCUUUCUCGAGCAGGCUAUUGGAAUCAUGGAGUGUGUCCUGAACAAGUUUGGCUCCUAUGAGACUUUUGAGGAGGUCACAGGUGGAACUGUGCUUCCUAAGAGUCAGGUGUGGGCCACCGUGCGGAAAUAUUUGCAAAAGGAAGGCUGUGUGGGUGAGGUUGUGGUACGUCUCUCUGAUGAGCUGCUUUCUCAGGCCGUCAUGAUGGUGGAGAGCUGUCGUCCAACUCUGACCAUCAACCUGGCCGGAGCACGUCAGCACUGGCUAGAGGGGAUGCUGAGACACGAAAUAGGCACACAUUAUCUGAGAGGCGUCAACAACAGUCUUCAGCCAUGGGCCACGGCGGAGGGCAGAAAGCAGUUUGGCCUCAAGCCAGCCAACCCCACUGAGGAGGGGCUGGCCAGCCUGCACAGUGUGUUGCUAAGGAAGCAGCCAUACUUGUGGCGGGCCGCUCUUCUUUACUAUACAGUUUUCCAUGCCAGCAGCAUGAGCUUCAGCCAGCUCUUCAGUCAUGUGGCACGCUUUGUUCAGCAUCCAGACGUCCGCUGGGAAUACUGCCUGCGUGCCAAGAGAGGACAGACGGACACUUCACAACCGGGCUGCUUCAGUAAAGACCAAGUUUAUUUAGACGGGAUCCUGCGGAUACUUCGGCAUCGAAGGAACAUCGACUUCAAGAUGUUGACUUCCUUAGGAAAGGUGUCCUAUGAAGAUGUGGAGAAGCUACGGCACAUAGCAGUGAUCAACAACGCCAGAAUCCCACAUUUCAUGCAAGACCAGGAGCGCUACCUCCAACAUCUGGAUCACAUUGUCGCAGUGAACAAAGUCGACGAUUCCACAUUGGAGCAAUUGCUUCCUUGACCCCCUUGCACCACCUGAAGCCACUCGGUGAGCUGAAUGGCACCAAAAAUGAUUCAGUGUUAGCCAUUCUCUGAGCACUUUUUAUUCAACUUGAAUGUUACAAAUAAAAAGGGACGUACGCACAAGCACCUCUCGCUCCAUUCACUUUUGUCCAUGGCAUGUAUGUAAAGGCUUUUAGGCACAGCAAAGCUCCCUCACUCACCUUCUCUCACUAUGAUUUCACGUCACGCCUCGUCAUAUGCACUAUAACUAUCAGAUUAAUGUCAAAUUAUCAUCGCAACCAACGACUGUACAAGACACUGCUGCAAAUUAAUUUCAACAAUCACAUGUAUUUAUGCAAUUUUUUUUAGGGUUCAAACUGAAUGUUACCAACAUUAGCUUUAAACAUAUUUGUAUGUUGUGGUCUUUUUUUUGCCUUAGAACAUUUGUAUCAUGUAAAUUAAAAUGACACUAAUAUAUAAUCAUGGGAGGUCAUGAAUCUUUGAAAUCAAGUGCCGGUGGCUUCAGGGAGGAUUUACAUUUCAGUGUUCCUGAGAGUAUGAUUUGUCUUAACGUUGUUUUGGGUCUUUCUAUCAAUCGGAUACUGUGAUGUGAUCCAGCGAUAAAACACUUGAGGAAAAUUGUUGAGAGGAUUGAUGUCAUUUUUGCGUAGCAAGAUUAACAGCAACUCCCUAUUAACAUUACACCUAUGGCUUUAAAACAAAACUAUCAUGUUUCAAUUUUUUUUUUUUUUUAAUCAGCAGCCGUUGGUCCAUCAUGAGUGAACGUGCCACGGCACUAUCAUUUGACUUGCCCCGAUGGCUUUCUCCUCUUGUGUUUUCUUGCUACUUUCUACUAUCUCAGGUUAACUCCUUUUGGUUCAAACAUUCCUCGGACACAUUCUGGCAGGUAAACCAGGACCGGGUUGGGGGUGGUAUCGCAGCCAGACCUGAUCAACCUGAGGGUUUUUUCUAGACUCAGAUUACCUUCAAUCAAGGAGUGUGUAAAUUGAGCCCCAACUUUCUUUCUCCCCCUCCUCCCUUGUGUUCUCUCUCCAUCUAAGAUCUUGAAGCGCCGUAAUGUCUAAUGCCGACAAGCCUGUACGCACUGUUAGUCAUUGUUUUUUAUGUUUCUUGGGCAAAUUUAGCCUCUUAAUUACAUCUCGUUGCCUAGUAUUUGGUAACGACAAUAAAGGUGAUUGAUUGAUUUCCAUGAACUUGAAUGUACUGUGUAUUUAAUAAAUAUCUGCUACGUAA